AUGUCGAAUGGAUUUAAUGUAAUUAAUGUACAUUUUGUUCCACUGACCCACCCUUACACGGUGAAAUCCAUAACCAAGUUGUCUGUGGAAUACAUAGUUAAAUUGCAUGGUGUGUCGCGGUCUAUUGUGUCUGAUCGAGAUCGAAUUUUCGUGAAUAACUUCGGGAAGGAAUCCUUCAAGAUGUACGGUACCGAGGUGGUAAUGAGUUCAGCGUACCAUCCUCAGACGUACGGCCAAACUGAGAGCAAUACUUUAGGUGUUUUGUCAAUCAAUUUCCAAAGAAGUCAGAGGGAUUUUUUCAUUGGGCCAAAUUUCGGUACAACACCAUGUAUCAUGCAUCUAUCAAGUUUACUCCAUAUGAGUUGGUUUAUGGACGGAUUGCACCAAUGCUCGUCAGUUAUCCAGUAG